UCGGACACGCUGAUUUCAUUGUCUGAGGCGGCAGUGGAGACUCAGGUAAAAUCUCGCGGAAUUCGCCUGCUCUGGCCCUGGUCUCAUCUUGGAUCCCCUGAUCUCUUCCCUGACCGCACCACGCCCAAGAUGAAUCUACGUUCUGUAUUUACUGUAGAACAACAAAGGAUUUUACAGCGUUAUUAUGAAAAUGGAAUGACAAAUCAAAGUAAAAAUUGCUUUCAGCUCAUAUUACAGUGUGCACAGGAGACUAAGCUGGACUUCAGUGUAGUCAGGACUUGGGUUGGCAAUAAGCGAAGAAAGAUGAGUAGUAAGAACUCUGAAUCAGGAACAGCAGGAACUGUUUCUGGUACCUCAUUGGCAACUCCAGACAUUACAGUCAGAAAUGUGGUUAAUAUUGCCCGGCCUUCAAGCCAGCAAACUUCUUGGACUUCUGCCAAUAAUGAUGUCAUUGUAACUGGCAUAUACAGUCCAGCAAGCUCAUCAAGUAAGCAAGGGACAACAAAGCAUGCAAAUACACAAAUUACAGAAGCACAUAAAAUUCCUGUUCAGAAACCAGCCAGUAAAAAUGACAGUGAACUUCAAUUGCACAUUCCUGUUCAAAGACAAGUAGCACACUGUAAAAAUGCUUCUGUGCUUCUAGGGGAAAAGACAAUUAUUUUGUCAAGACAGACAAGCGUACUAAAUGCUGGAAACACAAUGUACAAUCACACAAAGAAAGCCUAUGGAAACUCUCCGGUGCAAGUUUCUGAAAUGACAGUACCUCAAAAGCCACCUGUGUGCCACCGACCUUGCAAAAUUGAGCCAGUUGGGACUCAAAGGUCACAUAAACCUGAGCAUGCAGGUCUGGCAUCACAUAAUUUAUGUGGGCAAAAGCCAACUGUUAGAGACCCUUACUGUAGAACACAAAACUUGGAAAUUCGUGAAGUGUUUUCAUUGGCAGUCAGUGAUUACCCUCAGAGAAUUCUGGGAGGAAAUACCACACAGAAGCCUGGUUCAGCAGAAGGAACUUGUUUGUCCAUUGCGAUGGAGACGGGAGAUGCAGAGGAUGAAUAUGCCAGAGAAGAAGAGCUGGCAUCAAUGGGAGCACAGAUAACAAGCUACUCAAGGUUGUAUGAAAGUAGCAAUUCCCUUCGAGCUGAGAACCAAAGUACAACUUUGCCUGGACCAGGAAGAAACCUGCCAAAUUCACAAAUGGUGACUAUUAGAGAUGUCUCAGACAAUGUACUGUAUCAAAAUAGAGACUACCAUUUGACGCCACGGACCUCAUUGCACACAGCAUCUAGUACUAUAUACAGUAAUACUAACCCAUCUCGGAGUAAUUUUUCUUCACAUUUUGUAUCGUCAAACCAAUUGAGGUUAUCACAAAACCAAAACAAUUACCAGAUUUCAGGAAACCUUACUGUGCCUUGGAUUACAGGGUGUUCUAGGAAAAGAGCAUUGCAGGACCGCACUCAGUUUAGUGACCGAGACUUGGCUACCCUUAAGAAGUACUGGGACAAUGGUAUGACCAGCCUGGGCUCUGUAUGUAGAGAGAAGAUUGAAGCUGUUGCAACUGAAUUAAAUGUCGACUGUGAAAUAGUUCGGACUUGGAUUGGGAAUCGAAGAAGGAAAUAUCGUUUAAUGGGAAUUGAAGUUCCACCUCCAAGAGGAGGCCCUGCUGAUUUCUCUGAGCAGCCUGAGUCUGCUUCUUUGUCUGCACUCCCACCAGGAGAGGAAGCUGGGCCUGAAGUAGGGGAGGAUAAUGACAGGAAUGAUGAAGUGUCCAUCUGUUUGUCCGAAGCAAGCUCUCAAGAGGAGCCCAAUGAAGUCAUCCCAAAUGAGACCAGGACACAUAAGGAUGAAGAUCACCAGGCAAUAUCCGCAGAUAAUGUGAAAAUAGAAAUUAUCGAUGAUGAAGAAAGUGACAUGAUAAGCAAUCCAGAGGUAGAGCAAGUGAAUUCUCUCCUGGAGUAUAAGAAUGAAGAAGUCAGAUUCAUUGAAAAUGAGCUAGAGAUUCAAAAGCAAAAGUACUUUAAGCUCCAGACUUUUGUUAGAAACCUGAUUCUAGCUAUGAAAGCUGAUGAUAAGGAACAACAGCAGGCACUGCUGUCAGAUUUACCUCCUGAAUUAGAAGAGAUGGAUUUCAGUCAUGCCUCACCGGAUCCUGAUGAUACCUCACUCAGUGUGUCUUCUUUAUCAGAGAAAAAUGCCUCAGACAGUUUGUGAUUAGGGAUGGGGGGAUAUGAUGUAGUCUGUUGUUUGCCUAACAGGUGUGCAUUUCAAGAUAACUGUAUUUUUCCCCAAUAAUCUUCACCUGGAAAACACAAUGUUAAAACAGGUAUAUGCUAUGAAGGAAGAACAAGAUAUAAUGGCUACAAUAAAAGAACAAUGCAUGCAAAAUGUAAAAAUACUUGAAAUGGAUUUUUUAAUCUUAUAUAAAAUCCUAGAAAAGUUAUAUUUAAUUUUAAGCAACUCAGCUAUGAAAUCUAUUAUACCUGAUUUCUGAGAGAUUUUUCUGCUUAUUCGUACUAAUAGUUUUAGCCAGAGACACAAAAAUAAACAUAUUUCAAUAUUACUGUGUUAUUAAAGCUUGAUUAGUCUUGUUUUUGUAGCCUUUACAUCUUUAUUCUUCUUUCAUUUUCUUAUCAUUCAUAUAGAUUUUUACUCAGGAAAGUGGAAAGUGGGCUGAAAAUUAAAAACAAACCUAAAUAUAUGUUUAACAUAGAUGAAUCCUGGGAUUUAUUUUCAACUCCUAUGAAAAUCUGACUGAAGAUAAUGAUUAGAAAUUGAAGCGAUUACUAGGAUGUAAUUGUAAGUUAUUGGCAUUCUUCUGUCUAACCCUAAAACUGGGGAGAGGUGAAAAUACUCUGGAAAGUCGACUAACCAACAAAAAGCCAAAACUUUUAAGUAUACAAAAACAGUACUUUAUAAAAGAGAGUUUUAUUCUCAAUUCUUGUAUACUGCAAGUGAUAAGUAUUAACGGUUAACAUUCUACCAUAUAGUAAAUUUAUAUAAUUGAAUUAGACAAAAUAUUGCACAAAUACUUCAAGUUUACCAAAAUUUUCAUAAUAUUUUUUCACAUCUGAAAUUUUGUAAAGCAAGAAAUCGAAGUAUGCCACUGAUAUGUGUUUUCUUUUUAUUGUAGUCAUACAACUUUGUCACAAAAUUUACCUCGUUCCUAUAUGAGGCCUGCACAGAGCCAUCAGUCAACAACAAUAUAAAAAGAGCUGUACUACUUUGUAAAUUAAAGUACUCUGAAUUUCCUGGAUACUAUUCUAUGAAUACACACCUCAAAUAGGCAUGAUACCCAGUUGUUACUUGUACUAGAUACCAGAUGGCAGCACACUAUAUUCAUCUCUUUGUAGAUCUUCCCUUCCAGAAUACCAGAUGGGAAUACUAAGAUUUGUAGAUGGGAAAACACUAGUUUCUCCCCAAGCUCACAUUGUCAUAUAUUUGAGACUUGGUUGUGUGGAACUAAAUUACAUGAUUAAAUUAUUAUCUAAUCCUAAAAGAUGAUUGAAACAGCUGGAUAACUGUUUUAAUUGUCAAGCUUCAAACAAUUUUAAGUUUUUAAACUGUGGCUGAUUCUGAUCUCAGAAUUCACUGAUACCAAUUGAUGAAUGCAGAAAGGCAGUCACAAAUGCCUUUAAAUUGGAAAUGUCCCUUCUCCCCAGUACAUACAAGUAAAGUUCAUUGAUGGUCGUUCAGUUUAUCGACUACUUGGUUUUAUAUUGCUGCCACACAGCUUCUAUGGCUUCUUUGUCAGCAGAAAUAUUUCAGUAGUCAGCUACAUGCCCUUUAGCUGACAGUCAUGUGGUUCUUUGCAAACAACUCUUGGUAUUCCUUGCUGACAAAUCAGAUUCCAUUCAGGGAAAAGACCAUUGAGCAACAGAACCUAAAACAUUUGGAUUAAGUGUUUCAGUCACACUAAUUUCUCCAUGAGAUGAUAAAGAGUCCCCACUAUAUGCAACAAAUACAGAAACCAUUAUUUUAUGAUAUAGAGGAUUAAGACAAGGUCUUUCGUAGCCCAGGCUGGCCUUUAAUUCCCAAUAUAGAUGAGGAUGGCCUUGAAUCCUGCUGCUGCAGCCUCUGUUUCCUAUAUGCUAGGAUGAUAGAUGUGUUUCAGCAUACCAAGUUCUAUUUUUUUAGCAUGACUAAAUUUCUGGGGUCAGAUAUGCUACCCCUCUUCCACGAGGUCCUGGUAUGAACAAAUUUCUAGUCUCAAAUCUCUGCUACAGUCUUCAUCAGUAUGGUUGGGUUUAUCUUUACAUUUAAACUGCUUGAGUUUAAAACUCUUCAUAGUCGGUUUUCAUUACAGAGAGAGUAAAGGUGAGUCUUUCCUAUGUGUUGUAACACUCAGAAUUUCAUUUUUCACACCUUAAAAUAAUUGUCACUAAACAGAAGAAAACAUUCAUGGAGCUCUUGCUGUAGAAAGACACUGCGUCAGACUGAAUCUCUUAUCAGUCUAUGGAUUGCAAAAAGGGUGAUUUCAGCUGGGUACAAUGGCACACACGGCUAACUCCACAUUGGGUUAGGCUGAGGAAAGCUUCAAAACACAAAGAAAUGUUUCCUGUUAACCUUUUCAGGGAUAUUAAUAAAAGGUUUUCAAUUAGCACUUGUAAUUGAUUUAAGAAUUCUAACAGACCUGAUGCUUAGAAGGAAACGUGCAUCUGUAAUUUUGGGAAGACACAUAAGUUGUACCUGUAUUCAUAAAGUUUCAGUAACUAUAUGUCUUAACAGGCUACCUAGAACUACUUUUAUCCUGGCGUUUUUCUUUCAGCCACAGGAUAAUAUCUUUUAUGAACAUAUGAACUAAUACAUUUAAAAAUACCAGUGGAGAUGUUGUAUAGUCAGACCCAAAGAAAUAGUUGCAUCAAUGCAAAAACAAUCAUACUUUGGCAGACUGAAUACAUAACACAGAUCUUGAAGAAAAGCAACUAUUAUAAAUCUGGGGAACUAGGUUGGCAUUUGCACAAGGCCCUAUGUUUAGUCCUAAACACUUCAGGAGGACAAAUAUAUGAACUGGAUUUGGUUUUGAGAUUUUUAAACAAAAAAGACAACUUUUGACUGUUUUCUUGAACACAUCUGUGUAUGAUAGUGAAGAUCAACUAACUAGUAUUUCUUUUUUAGGGCUUUGACAAUAUCAAACCAUAUUACACUACCACAAGUAUCAUUCAGAGAAGCAAAAGUAAAUGGGAAAAUUUCUUUCCGACUUAACUACAUGUAAAUAUUUGCUUUAAACUUAUAAUGUCAAGCAGUUUCCAAUCAUAUAAUGUAUAUCUGAGAGUACUUACCUUCUAAAAUGUGAGUUAAAAACAAAUCCUGAAACAACAGUAACAACAAAAAGAAGGCACCUUUCUCAUUCAGUCAAGCUAAAAUUAGUUGCAAGAAAAUGCGAAUUGCAUUUGCCCUAGAGAAUAGGAUAAUUAACGCAUGCAAAAAAUUUUUUAAAAAGAAAAUUGGCCUGGUUAGGGAACCUGGGGAUGUUUUGUCGUAAGGUCAGUUAUCAACAGGACUUUUACACUGCAACUGUAAUCAGUGAUAAAAAUAUUUGUUACUAUUGAAGAAAAAAGGUUGUGGCCCAGUCACACCCUGGGUUCAGUAUACUGUUAAUAUCAAGACCUCAAAAGAUGACCAAGAGUUCAUUUUUGCAAAGACAGAAACAUCUACUUUUAGGGCCCUUUUAUUAGGCAGUCUUAUCAGUUUGUAAGAGAAAAGCUAAGUGGUAGAUAUAAACAGACACUAAAUGAUAAGGAUGACUUGUCUCCUUUUUUGUGGAGGAGUAUUCAGCCCCUCCUCUUAGCCUGAUUGUUCAUAAUCAUCUUUGAAAGAAAUCCUGAAAAAUUUAACUGCUGCCUUUUAUCCAUGAGGUAGUGAUGAAAUACCAGGAAUGGUGUGACAUUUUAAUAAAUUUUAUUUUCAUUCAAAUACCCAACAUUGAAAAGAGGUAUUGUUCUUUGAAGAGUUACCAUUGCAGUUGUAUCUAAAGAGUAGAUUUUCUUUUGAAGUUGUUAACCUUGACAGACAGCACUGUGCCAUGCCCUUCACCAAGCUAUGCUUUGUAAUUCUCUAAUGAAAUAGCCUACUAACUUGUGAACCUGCAGUUGAUAUAAACAAGCCUUUAUUAAGAACAGAUUUGCCAAGGGGGGGAAGAAGAAAAGGGAUAUUUUCAUGCAAAUAUAAUUAUGAUUGUUCCAUUAAAUUGUAUACUGGGUAUAUAUUGUUCCUCAUUGAAACUUUAUUUUGCAUUAGCUUACUGAGUAAUCCCUUCUAGCAAUCCUGCAUCCCAUUUUACUGGUACUACCUCUGAAGCAUAUUAUCUCUUUAAAACCAUAUCAGAUUGUAAUGUGAAUUUUUGUAGAGUUUUUAUUUAAACUUUUAUAGAGGCAAUAAAUGAUUUCCAACUAA